AUGACGAACCCAUAUCAGCAGCAGCAUGGACCUUCAAAUUUCAUCAGCGGAGACUCUAUAACUUCCGGCGGAUUGCCAGCCCUAAACGCGCGGCGGCCUUCAUACGCAUCCGUAGUCUCCGGCAGCAUAUCAGCGCUGAGUCGACCCGGCCGCUCCGGCUUUUCACAUCUCCUCAACCCCUCGCCCGACUCCGAACAGCACGCGCAUGCGCACGGCGGUAACCCGCACCCGACCGCACAAAACGUACGAUUCGACCCAGACAUGCCGUUUGCUCGGAUCCGGGCCUCAGGUGAGGACAGUGCGGCGAGGUACCACCUGAACCAGGGCACCGAUAACGGCGUAUGGCCGAUCCAGUUCGGAGCCAGGUUUCCCUACUUCUCCAGCGCCUUCGAUCUCUACAUGGGCAAGGACCCGCUCCUCCCCACCGGUUCUGCCGUUCCGGAAGACGGCCGCUUCUUCUCGAGCGCCUCGAUGCCCAACGUCAGCAGCACCGGCUUCCUGGCCCCAUCAUACCUGAGGGGGACAGUCUACCUACAGAAAUUGGAGGAAAAGCACAGGGCAAAGGUCCUUGCAGAGCGGGACGGUAGCGCCUCAAGCGGUACACAAACGGGGCCGGCCGCCGCGGCUUCUUCUUCGAGGCUAGCUAGCAACGGGAGCGCCUCGCACCUCCCCGCGAUCGGCACGAAGGUUUCCGGCUCAACACACAGGGGCGUGGCGUACGAGAUCGUCGAGAAACCCAUGUACCCCGCCGAGGAGGACGAUACCGUCAGCCCGCUGCCGUCGAGAUGGAACAAAGACGACAAGGAGGCCGCGCUGGAGGUGCUGGGCGACGGGUACGAGGUCAGGCAUACGGGGAGGGCGUCGAGCGAACACGAGGCGAGCGCCGUACGGGCGGAUCACCACAUGUCGCCCUCGUGCGGGGUGUACUACUUUGAGAUUACGGUGCUGAACAAGAAGAAGGAUAAUAUGAAGACACCACCAAUCGCCAUCGGCUUUGCGAGUAAGGAGGCUUCGAUAAACCGGGCGCCUGGUUGGGAGCCAGAGUCGUGGGGCUACCACGGCGACGACGGGAACUCGUUCGCAUCUCAGAACGUUGGGAAGCCCUACGCCGAACAGUUCGGAGCCGGUGAUACCGUCGGCUGCCUGGUGAACUUCCGCCUGAACCAUGCGCUGUUCACGAAGAACGGCAGGGAACUGCCGAUCGCUUUCAGAGACAUCAACUUCAAGGAAGUCAAGGGAAAGCUGUAUCCCAUCGUCGGCCUGAAGAAGAAGGAGGACCACAUCAUGGCAAACUUUGGCCAGCGGCCCUUCGUGUUUGAUAUCGACGGGUAUAUGAAGAGACAACAAUCGAUGAUCGAGCAAGAAAUCCGGAGCACCGACACCUCGCGGCUGGUGCCUGGGCUCUCAGAGACGGACCUCAUCCAGCAGCUCGUGCUCCAGUUCCUGCAACACGACGGCUACGUCGAGACGGCACGCGCGUUUGCAGAAGAGCUUCAAGAGGAGCAGACCGCCCUCCGGUUAGACCCCACCCAGCCCGUCCAGGGCAUCAACAUCAAAGACGACGAGGACGCGCACAACCGGCAGCGCAUCCGCCGCGCCAUCUUGGAGGGCGAUAUCGACCGCGCCAUGAGAGACACGGAAACCUACUACCCCACCGUCCUCCGUGACAACGAGCAGGUCUACUUCCACCUGCGCUGCCGCAAGUUCAUCGAGAUGAUCCGCAGCGAAGCGGAGCUGAAUCUCCACCUCGAGGAGCGGCGAGGCGUGGCGGCGAGGAACCACCACUACCACCACCACCAACAACCGCACCGGGAGGCGGACGACAACGACCAGGAAAUGCUCGAGGCCGAACCGCCCGAGUUCGAAGCCGACAUCGCGGCGCCCCGCGACCACGAUAAUGAUAUGGACAUGACCAUGGCCGAGGAGACGGUCGACGCUCCGGGGGUGAGCAAGCUCUCGCAGGAUGCCUUGGUGUACGGCAUGGAGCUGCGAGCCGAGUUCAAGGACGAUCCGCGCCGUGAGACGGCCAAGCAGCUGGACGAGAUCUUCUCGCUGAUUGCCUACCCGAAUCCCCUGAAAGUCAAGGAGGUGGCGCACAUGCUGGAUGGCACGGGACGGGUGGCUGUGGCGGAGGAACUUAACAGCGCUAUUCUGACCUCGCUGGGCAAAUCGUCCCGCGCCGCCCUGGAAAACGUCUAUGCCCAGACGGUUGUGCUACUAGACACGCUGCGUAAAGACGGGGGCGACGGGGCGUUUGUGACGGUGCAGAACGUCGUGGAUUGGAUUCCGCCCUCGAGGUUGCGCUAG